AGGUUUAAACGGUGUUUUCUUAACAAUGACCCCGUGAAGCCUAAAAGUAAAAAGAAGAAAGAACAUUAACCCGUGAAAAGCGUUCACCUGUGUCCAUGACAGGAGGAGAGACCGGAAAAGGAUUCUGUUUAGGACGUGUGUGCUCGUUGUCUUUGUAACACAGCGAUGGAUUCGAAUGACCCAGAGAGCUAUACGUGGAAGAGUAGGAUGAGUGCCAACAUACGCCGUCAGGAGGAGCUAAUCGCUCAGAAGAAGAGGGAGAUCGAGGCCAAGAUGGCCGAUCAGGCCAAGAGGAACCGGCCUGCCCCUGCCAAGCCCCUCCCUGUUGCUGCUGCUGUCAGCAUUCCUAGCCCACAUGGACCCAACAACAAUAAGUUUCUAAAUGACGGCAGCUUCAUGCAACAGUUCAUUAAGAUGCAGAAGGACAAACCCAGCAGCGAUUCAGGUGCCAACAGUGUAUCCAAAGCCCCCCCUCUGUCGCCCAGCCAGGCCCCCACCACCAGCCUCCCGUCGGGGGCGCAGAAGAAGAACAUCCUGAUCGGGAAGCGCCCGGGCCUGGGCAUCAGCAGCAUGCUGAAGAGCUACACGCAGGCCAAGAAGGCGCCGUCGCGGCCCCCGCGGCCCAGCAUCUUCACCGACGACGACGAGGACGAGGGGGACCAGGAGAGCAUGGACGUUCACUUCCUGGAGCUGAAAGUUUCCCCCCCAGAGGACCAGGACGUGCGCUGCAUCAUGGACAAGCUGGCCGGCUUCGUGGCCGAGGGAGGAGCCCAGCUGGAGAGGAAGGCCGUAGAGGACUACAAGGACAACCCCCUCUUUGCUUUCCUGAACGAUAAGAACAGUCGAGAGUAUCUGUACUACAGGAGGAGAGUGGCUGAGAUCAGGAAGGACAACCCCAAGCCUGAGACUCCCGCGCACCCACCACAGGCUAAUGUCUCCCCCUCAGUGGACCGCGACACCCAGAAAGUGGCCCAGAAGCUGGCCCGGUUCGUGGCCGACGGCGGCCCGGAGGUGGAGGCCAUGGCAGCUCAGCACAACAGGGACAACCCUGCCUUCAGCUUCCUGUAUGAGCCCCAGGGUGCUGCCUAUCAGUUCUUCCGGGAGAAGGUGGUGGAGUUCCAGAUUGCCAGAGACACCCCCCCACCCACCCACGGGGGCUCCAGAACCUCCGAGGCCCCGGCCCCGGCCCCGGCGACCGCCCCCGUCCCUCAGCCCCCGCCCCCCGGCCAGGAGGACGCGCCGGCCGGAGCCCCCGCCAUCAAACGCAAGCGCAAGAGCCGCUGGGGCGCGGAGGACGACAAGGUGGAGCUGCACAUCCCCCCCAUCAUCGCCCCCCCCACCGCCGACAUCGAGCCCGACCUCCCAUCACUGUCUGCUCAGGAUCUGGCAGGUCUGGGCUAUAAGAGGGGGAAGCCGGUGGGAUUGGUGGGCGUGACCGAGCUGUCGGAGGACCAGAAGAAGCAGCUGAAGGAACAGCAGGAGAUGCAGGAGAUGUUUGACAUGAUCAUGAAGCACAAGAAGGCCAUGCAGGAGAUGCAGCAGAUGUGGGAGAAGGCCGUGCGGGACCACCAGCACGAGUACGACAGCGACGAGGAGGUCGACGUCGACGACGGCACCUGGGAGCACCGCCUGCGCCACAUGGAGAUGGAGAAGACUCGCGAGUGGGCGGAGCAGCUGACAGAGAUGGGCAAAGGGAAGCAUUUCAUUGGUGACUUCCUCCCGCCUGACGAGCUGGAUAAGUUCAUGGAGACGUUCAAAGCACUGAAGGAGGGGCGUGACCCUGACUACUCUGAGUAUAAGGAGUUCAAGCUGACGGUAGAGAACCUCGGCUUCCAGAUGCUGAUGAAGAUGGGCUGGAAGGAGGGAGACGGUCUGGGCUCCGAGGGCCAGGGCAUCAAGAACCCCGUCCACAAGGGUCAAACAGCAGUGGACGGUGCAGGGUUUGGGGUUGACCGUCCAGCUGACCUCUCCAAAAAUGACGACGAGUAUGACGCGUUCCGUAAAAGGAUGAUGCUGGCCUACCGGUUCCGACCCAACCCUCUGAACAAUCCACGCCGACCGUACUACUGAGGACACCAUUGCUCUCACUCGACUGCGAUUCCUCUUUUUCAUGUGUCCGUGUCUGUCGACUACCAAAGGGCGGGCUGUGGGCCGUCUGAAUGAUUCAUUGGAGUGUUAUAUUUUUGUGAGGGUAGACUUUUUUACUGUGCCAGGCAUCCGUGCUUUUCUGCAGUGUUUGAAGUGGAAAGAGCAGUGAUGCUAGGAGCCAGUGCUUUAGACGAGGAGGGGGGGGCACUCUGUAGACGUGAGCCGAAGGUGGAGACGUUUGCUCACGAGUGUGAGACUGACACGAGCAGCGCUGUGUUCUCAUUGGUUUCUCAAAGCUAUCACCGUCUACCAUGCUUUCCACCCGUCUGGAUGCCGUAGUGCCCGCGUGGGUUUUUAAGCCUCAGUUUUAUCUGUUCAAUAGUUUGUUUUUAUUUUGUGUUCUGUAAAGCUUCCAAAGGUGGACUUCUUUAAGUGGGGUAGGUGGGGUUGCACCUCUCCCUAAACCUGUGUUUUGUCCUAGAGACCGGUCAAACACACAAACCUCCAAAGCUUCACUGUUAGUCAAAAUCCAACUACAUCAUCUUUCCCACAAUCCAUUGCUGCUUUUAGUUUGUUUUCUGUUGUUCUGUUCAACUGUUCAGUUAAAAAAAAAAGUCUGUGUGUUAAGCAUGGUCCAUAUUUUGUUUUUACAGGCGUUAGAUUUCGCCACAUUCCUUGUGUACAAGUGUAAUAUAAUUAGUGACAAGCCCAUGGGGCGGAUACUGUGUUCCAAUACUCCAUCGGCCCAAACGCUCCUCUCGUCCUGACCUGUGAACGCUUCUGUGUGGGCUCAGAAGAGAAGCUACGGAGGGGGGGGGGGGGGACACGGCACCCCAAACACACCCAUCCAGAAGCUCACCACCUCUCAUUGUGUGCUGACGAAUGCCUUGGCAUUGAAUGUAAUUUGCUUUCCUGUUUUAAAAUCAUUAAAAUGAGCUGCUGUCCCCAGAGACCCCCUGUGGUUAGCGUGUCUCUCGUCCAGCCUUGUGGCAGAGCUAAAUGUAGCCGCGGUGGGCUAAUGACGGCCGGGGGGCUCGGCAGCACAGGCGGCGGUGGAACCCUGCGUGGCGCUUGGCUCAGGGGACGGAGGGGAAUGCAGUGGGCUUCAGAGGAACUCUUUUCAGUCAACGCUAAUUGUGUCAUGGUCUUAGCCCUGCCAAAACAUCCUGUAUGAUUGCUGUCCAUUAAAAGAUUUGAUUAAAUGUUUAUGAAAAUUGA